AUUUACGCGUCUGAACUCGGUUUCGUACUCUUCUUAUCACCUCUUUGAGCUCAGUAUGUGAGAGAGAGAGUGGAGUCCGAUAAUGUCCACCGAUCAGUCUCCAACAGUGGCCACUGAACUGCCCAGAGACGUCAUCAUCGACAUCCUCUCCAGAUUGCCCGUCAGAUCUGUCAUCCGAUUCAGCUCCGUCUGCAAAUCAUGGUACGCCCUUAUCAAAAACCCUAAUUUCAUCACCAAACACUUCAAUCAAUCAUCAUCAUCAUCAUCAUCAUCCUCUUCUCACACCACCGACGACGACAACACUUAUUUUCUCUACACCCCUCUCAACCACUCAAACACCUCCAACGACAACGCCAAUCAAUCGGUCUCGUUUCUGUCCAACAACAACGCCACUUUUGAUUUACCCAUAAAUCUGGACAUACCCUUUCUCAGCAUAUCGAAACCGUUUAGGGUUUCUGGUUCUUGUAAUGGGUUGGUUUGUCUCAGUAUUCUGCCUCUUGGGCCGAUCAUUAUGUUGUGGAACCCUGCGACGAGGGUCUUCAAGGACUUGCCCAUUUCCCCACUCACUCGCCCCCAAACGUUGCCGAUGAAAGUCGUUAUCAGUUUCGGCUUUGAUCGGAACGCCAAUGAUUACAAGGUCUUGAGGAUUGUGUACUGUUGUUACCCUAUUAAUCAAGUUGACGUUUACUCCUUGAGUACAAAUUCUUGGAGGGAGAUCAAGACUGACAUGAGGUAUCUGAUUUUCGAGUCGUCUUGUAGUGUGGUUUUGGGAGGGAGGUUUCACUGGAAAGCAGUUGGGUUCCAGGAGUUGAAUGGUAAGCAGGUGAUUGUUUCUUUUGACAUGGGGACUGAGAAGUUCCGGCAUAUGCUGACGCCCCGAUUUGGGUUAGACAAUGAGAAAUUUGGUUGGCAUCUUGUGGUGUUCAAGGAGAGGCUUGGUGUGAUUGCUAGUAUGGAUGAUGGAUCCGAUAAGAAGUUUGAUAUAUGGGUGAUGAAUGAAUAUGGUGUCAUGGAUUCUUGGGCAAAGUACAUCUCUUUUGAGCCCCAUUUGACGAUCAGUAGGCCGUUGAGGUGCCGAAAGAAUGGUGAGGUUCUGUUGGAAAAAAAUAAUGGGAAGCUGGUUCUGUAUGAUCCCACUACUCAGGCAUUCAAGAAUGUUGGAGUUCAUGGGGUUGUGUGUUGGUCUGAGGUUUUUAUUCAUGUGCAGAGCCUUCUUCCAAUCAAGGGGGGUAAAGUUGUGGAGGAGACCAACUUGUCUGCUAUUCGUCCUGAUCCGUACUUUGUUCGGAAAUUUGAUUUGGUGUUACUGGAUCGAUAAUCGCACUGGCCAGUCUUGACCCUAUGUCAAAGAGUUCUCAUGAAAGCUGUUUUAUUGUAAUCUCUAUGUAGCUGCUAGGAUGUUGAGUUUGUAUGAGCCAUCAAUGUCUGAAGAUUCUGAAGGAUUGAAAUCGUAUUUUCUUUUCAAGUAAUGGAGUGAUAUAUUUUGCUGCCGUUCGCUGUUUCAUUGUUGGUAAGCGUAGUCGAUGGUUCAUUUCUAUAGCAAUUAUUGAGUGUGUGAAGCAAGAGGAUUGGAGGUAUCAUGAAUUUUCUCUCAAUUGUAUUUCUGGCUGUUUGAAUGCUUGGUGUUGCAUUUAAGUAUGUUGCUUGGUAUCAUAUAUGUUCUCUACCUCUGUGAAUACACAUUCUAAGUUAUAAAGUUUAUCCUACGGAACUUGUUAUUGAUAUUUAUAACUAUUGUCAUUUAUUUCUUUCUA